AUGUCAGACAAGGGCAGUGAGACCAGCAGAGAGACAAUUUUGGAUUUUGGAGUGGAGCCUGUUGAAAAUAUAGAUGCAAAAUUAGCCAUCUUAAAGUUUACGUACAGCUGGGCUGAUGAAGUUGAGAAAGAGGAGAGAUUGACUGAGGAGAUUUUGGCAAAAAAGGAGGCAUUGAUACAAAGAGAGGUCACAGUACUGAAUAACUUGAUACCAGACGAGGGCAGUAAGAUCAGAGAGACAAUUUUGGAUUUUGGAGAGGAGCCUGUUAAGAAUAUAGAUGCUAAGCUAGACAUUUUAAAGUUCUCCUAUAGUUGGGCAAAAGAAGUUGAAGAACAUGAAAGAAGAAUUAAGGAGGCCAAAUCACAAACAGUCAAAUCAGAAGAAAACAUGGAGAAAACUGCCCAGAAAACAAUUGCAAAGAUGGAGUCAAAAGAGGACCAGGCAAAGAGGACAGGAAAAGAUCAGGACAUUCUCCCUAAGGACAUGGCACUGCAAAAGACAGAACUUCUCAUAAAUAACAAGGAACAGGAAAAGACAAAACAGGAUUGUAAAGGCCUCUCAAUGGACAAAGCACUGGAAAAUAUAGAUCAGUUUCAGGAUUUUUGUCCAAGAGACACGACACAAAAGACAGAACAGCUUCUGAAACGUUUCUCAGUGGACAAGAUUCAGGAGAAGAAAGAACAGUUUGGGUUUGUCUCAGAGGAUAAAGCACAGGCAAAGAUAGAUGGCAAUUUUAGCAUUCCACAAGAACUUCUUAAUUUUAAGAAGUCAGAGACGGAGACAAAAGUAGACGAGUUAGAAGUGCAUCAAAAUGGAAGACAAUCAAGUGACUUACAGCCACUGGUCAAUGAUAAUGUUGAAAAUGAGGACCACUUCAUUCCGAGGAGACUUUUUCUAUUCGGGAUAACUGAAUUCAAGACUGAUGAGACAAGAUAUCGACUGAUUGAAACAACCAUAGAAACACACAGUGCUCCUAAUGCAGUGAAUGAUCUUCCUCCACCUCCUACGUUUACCUCUGAAGAAAGAAAGAAACUUCUCUCGGAGGAAAAGGCACAGGAAAAGACAGAACAGCUUCAGAAACUUCCCUUAGGGGACAAGGCACUGGAAAUGUCAGAACAGCCUCAGAAACUUCUCUCUGAGGACAAGGCACAGGAAAGGACAGAACAGCCUCAGAAACUUCUCUCGGAGGACAAGGCACAGGAAAAGUCAGAACUUUGA